AUGGCGCGGCUCGUGCUCUCCGAGUGCUGCGGCCUCGCGCCGCUGCGCCUGCGCGCCGGCCGCCGGGGCGCCGCCAUUGCGGCGCCGUCGCCCCCCGCGCUCUCCGCAGCGGCGGCGGUCCCGGGCCGCCCCGCGUCCGCGGCCAUCCACCGCGACUGGGCGCUCCGCGUCUCCGCGCCCACCCGCCUCACCUCCGCCGUCGAGGAGGACAAGAGGAGCUCCCCGCUCGGGGAGGAGGACGUGGGCGCGGCGGUCAGCGGCGCCGCGGGCGGGGAGUUCGACCCGGGGGCGCCCCCGCCAUUCGGGCUGGCGGAGAUCCGCGCAGCCAUCCCCAAGCACUGCUGGGUCAGGGACCCCUGGCGCUCCAUGAGCUACGUGCUGCGCGACGUCGUCGUCGUCCUGGGACUCGCCGCGGCGGCCGCGCGCCUCGACAGCUGGAUCGUCUGGCCGCUCUACUGGGCCGCGCAGGGCACCAUGUUCUGGGCGCUCUUCGUCCUCGGCCACGACUGUGGACACGGGAGCUUCUCAAACAAUCCCAAGCUGAACAGCGUGGUCGGCCACAUACUCCAUUCCUCCAUUCUUGUCCCAUACCACGGAUGGAGGAUUAGCCACAGGACGCACCAUCAAAACCACGGCCACGUUGAGAAGGACGAGUCCUGGCACCCGCUACCAGAGAGGCUGUACAAAAGCCUGGACUUUAUGACUAGGAAAUUGCGGUUCACCAUGCCGUUCCCCUUGCUCGCAUUCCCGUUAUACUUGUUCGCAAGGAGUCCAGGGAAGACAGGAUCACAUUUCAACCCAAGCAGUGAUUUGUUCCAACCUAAUGAAAAGAAGGACAUCAUAACAUCGACGGCGUCCUGGUUGGCCAUGGUUGGUGUUCUGGCUGGUCUCACCUUUUUGAUGGGUCCUAUUCCGAUGCUAAAGCUCUACGGAGUCCCAUACUUGGUAUUUGUUGCUUGGCUGGAUAUGGUCACAUACUUGCACCAUCAUGGCCACGAAGACAAGCUUCCCUGGUACCGUGGAAAGGAAUGGAGUUAUCUGCGUGGAGGACUGACGACACUCGACCGGGACUAUGGAUUGAUCAACAAUAUCCAUCAUGACAUUGGAACUCAUGUCAUCCAUCACCUUUUCCCUCAAAUCCCGCAUUACCAUCUCAUUGAGGCGACUGAGGCAGCAAAACCGGUUCUUGGCAAGUACUACAAAGAACCAAAGAAGUCGGGUCCUCUCCCGUGGCACCUAUUUGGGGUGCUAGCACAAAGCUUAAAGCAAGACCAAUAUGUUAGCGAUACUGGAGAUAUAGUCUAUUACCAAACUGACUCUGCACAAAAAUCUGAUUGA